UUUGUACUACUUUUUUAUAAGGCAAAACUAUGUACCUGACAACAAAGUGAUUAUUCCAGGGAAAGACGUUCGUGUCACUUUAAUUCAUGAAUUAAUUCCUGGCAGAUUUGAGAUCCUCGUCGUAAUAAUAAAAUAAUAACAGUUAUUAGAGCGUUUUUCUGUAGAGGAGCGUUUGAGAGGGGAGGCUUUUUACACAAAUUAAACAUGCUUCCCUGUUUCGUCCUAUAAGCAUCCUGGAGCCUGCGCUUGCCAAUCAAUUGUGAAUCCGAGGCGCAGCCUGCGUGAGACCUCCAGUCUCGCUUCGGUUCUGGAUAUCGAGGGACCUUUCUACCAUGUCAUAUCCACAGUUCGGAUACCCGUAUUCGUCUGCGCCACAGUUCCUGAUGACCACCAACUCUCUGACCACUUGCUGCGAGUCUACGGGCAGAUCCAUCGCCGACUCCGGAGUUCCUGCGUCCGGACAAACCCCCGUCUACUGUCCCGUCUACGAGAGCCGGCUACUGGCCACGGCAAGGCACGAGCUGAGCUCGGCCGCCGCGCUGGGCGUGUACGGGAGCCCCUACACCGGCGGCCAGGGCUACGGGAAUUACGUUACAUACGGAACGGAGGCGUCGGCUUUCUACUCGCUGGGUACGUUUGACACUAAAGAUGCUACAGCCUCUGCGCAUGCGGGGAUCACUCAGGCUACAGCCUACUACCCAUACGAUCCCACCCUGGGACAGUAUCAGUAUGACAGAUACGGGUCCAUGGACGGGGGCACGAGGCGAAAGAACGCCACCCGCGAGACCACCAGCACUCUGAAGGCCUGGCUGCAGGAGCACAGGAAGAACCCGUACCCUACCAAGGGGGAGAAGAUCAUGCUGGCCAUCAUCACCAAAAUGACGCUGACGCAGGUCUCCACCUGGUUUGCCAACGCCAGGAGGAGGCUCAAGAAGGAGAACAAGAUGACGUGGCCGCCCAGGAAUAAGGGAUCGGAGGAGAAAAGAUUUGAUGAUGAUGAGGAUGGGUCUCCGGAGGAGCAGAUCAAAAGUGAAAAUAAUGACGAUGAGACCAGAAGUCGGGCCAAUAAGGAUCUCCAGCUGAGCGACCUGGACGACUUCGACACGCUGGAGUCUGAGAACUCCGAGUGUGAGAUGAAGCAUCGUUACCACAUGAACGCGCACAUGUCCACGACGACCGACUGCUCCGCCGACCAGCUCAUUAAGAACACGUCCCUGAAGAUCUCCCUCCCUCUCACCCUCGGAGUUGAGCAGGACUUGGGCAAAAGUUGUCUCAAAGCGAACCCGGAGAGCUUCCAGGCGGACGGCCGGGCGCAGGCCAAGCCGUGCUACAACCAGCAGCAAGCCCACCAGCUUUUGGAUGGCAAGCCGCGGAUCUGGUCCUUGGCCCAGACCGCGACCUCCCUGAACCAGACUGAAUACCCGUCCUGUAUGCUGCGGUGCCAGCCGCCGCCCUCCUCCCUCACCCCGUCUCCGGCAGCCACCCCUCCCGUCACCGGCCUGGACAACAGGCAGGACUCGCCGGUCACGACGCUGAGGAACUGGGUGGACGGGGUUUUCCACGACCCCUUGUUCAGGCACAGCACUUUGAGCCAGGCUCUGACCAACACCACCGUGUCCUGGACCACGAACACCAAAGGCGCCAUCCUGGAGGCAGAGAGGAACGCGGCGGCCAUCCAGCAGCACCAAAACUCCCCCAAAGACAGUCCCAUGAGCUUCCCAAAAACUGGCAACAAACUGUUCUGCUCCUAACAAAACCAAACGACCCUUUACCGCAACACAGACAUCCCCCCACCCCCGUGCCCCUUUUGGGACUGAGAACCGGAUAGAAGAGCCUGUCCUCGAUGCUCUUCUGUUGAAUUAGUUUCUAUUUGAAAUCAAACAUGUUCAAUUUUGAGGAAAAAAUAUCUGAUCCGUUUGUUUUAUUCAACUCAACCCACGCUCAAAUCUAAAGACAAUGUAUGACUAACAGUUUACAAAUUGGAAAAAAGCAAAAGAAACAAGGAUUUACAGAUUUUCAUCAUUAUUAUUUGGAAUUUCGGUUUACGUUUUCUUUAUUAUGCGCAUGCAAAUGUAAUUGAUUUAAGUCUCGGCAAAAGAGAAUCACUAUUAAAAGAUAAAAAAAAACAACAGUCUCACAAAU